AUGCAGGCCUUGCCUAUUGGCAUCCCAGCCCCGGUACUUUGCACCCUCGCGCACACCUAUGACUUUGUUAGUCCUAAAUAUCAUAUGGACUACGUUCUCCAAUCAAUUACCAAAAACCCAGCAAACCUCAUGGCGGCAAACCAUGUCUCAGUUUGGAACAAGUGCAGUCAGCUACAGAAACAGUGGUCACCGAUGUACCUGUCCUGGACGGACCGCAUA